AUGCGGGCCUUCCUCGUCCUCUCCUCCGUCUCUGCUGCUUCUCUCUUCGAAGGCGUUUUGAGGAGACAGGCGCUGCUGGUUCACUCGCGGCCGAAGGCGGUGGCGCUGCGGGCCUACAGCGCGGGCCGCAAGUGCCGCGCUGCGCUGGCUCUCGCGCUGGCGCAGCAGCAGCAGCAGCAGCAGCAGCAGCAGCAGCAGCAGCGCGGACCUGCUGCUGCUGUACGUGACGAAGAAGGGCAAAGUGAAGCAGAGGCGCUGCUGCUGCUGCAGCGGGAAAAAGAAAAGUAUAUGAGCGAGAGAGACCGCAGCAGCUGGAGAGGAUGGGCUUUUGCUGAAGACAACUUAGACCUCAGUGGCCGGGAUGCUGCGCUGCAGCUGCCGAGUGUGUUGGCUUCGGAGGUUCGCGUGCUGCUGGGGCUGCAGCCCUCCAUCAUGGCCCACCGAUGCAA